AUGCAUCUCUCGAGACGAUUAACAAUAGGUUGGAUCAGAUCGAACUUAGCCAAACUCAGGGAGGCACUUCUACUCAUGCAGGAGAACAUGACCCAGAGGUACUGCCGGCAAGGAACAAUCACCCACCACGAAGAAAUGGUAGACAUUUACCACCUCAUGAGGAUGAAGGGGAGUAUGAGGAUGACCAUCUUAGAAAUUGGAAUCGUCGGGACCAGCGGAGACCAGAGGAUGAUGCCUUGCGAUCUAUCAAAUUCCAAAUUCCAAAUUCCUCCAUUCUAUGGGAAAUCUGAUCCGGAGACAUUUCUGGAAUGGGAACGAAAGAUUGAACUUGUCUUUGAUGUUCAACCCUUGUCCGAGGUGCGUAAACUACGGCUUGCGGUAAUGGAGUUUUCAAACUAUGCACUAACAUGGUGGGACCAAUUGAGCCAAUCCAGAAGAAGAAAUGGAGAGCCAGCCAUUCGGACAUGGACUGAAUUGAAGAGAUUGAUGCGCAAGCGAUUUGUGCCAUCAUAUUAUCAUCGAGAUCUAUUGCAUAGGCUUCAAAGCCUUACUCAAGGAUCCCGGACUGUUGAAGAUUAUCACAAAGAGAUGGAAAUGCUCUUGAUGCAGGCAGAUGUGCAAGAAGAUCCGGAGGGCACCAUGAGUAGAUUUCUCAAUGGAUUGCACAGGGAUAUUGCCGAUGAAGUUGAUAGGUAUCCUUCUCUUGACUUGGAAGAAAUGUUACUUUUGGCCAUUAAGGUGGAGCAACAACUACGGAGGAAGAACAAAAUUGGGAGCUCUACCCACAAGAACUCCAGCCCACCCACCUACCCAAAAAAGGGUGAAGAUAAGACACCUCUUGCACCACGACAUGACAAAGGCAAGGCAAUCAUGGGAACUGAAGUGGCCAAGUCGAGUGCUUCACAACAGCCCAAAUCUCAAGGUAACCGUAGUCGUGAUGUUAUAUGUUUUAAAUGUCAAGGUCGAGGACAUUUUGCUAACCAAUGCCCAAACAAGCGCACAAUGAUUCUAAAUGCAAGUGGAGAGUAUGAAUCCGAUUCGGAUGAGAAUAGUGAAGCUGAUGGAGAUGAAUGUGGAGAAGAGGCCGACUAUAAUCUUGAAGCUGGUUUAACCUUGGUCACAUUGAGGGCCUUGAGUGCAUUGCCUAAGGAGAUAAACAACGAUGAACAACGGGACAAUAUUUUCCAUUGUAGGUGCAAGAUAGCCAACAAGGUUUGUAGCAUGAUCAUAGAUGGUGGAAGUUGUGCCAAUGUGGUAAGUGAUCUUGUGGUUCGGAAAUUGGGGCUGAAAACUGAAGCCCACCCAAAGCCAUAUAAGCUGCAAUGGCUUAAUAAUUGUGGUGAGGUCAAGGUUACAAAACAAGUCCAUGUUGAUUUCAAUAUCAAGGACUACAAGGACCAAGUAUUGUGUGAUGUGGUCCCUGUACAGGCAUGCCAUAUCUUGCUUGGGAGGCCAUGGCAAUUUGACAAAAGGACAAUGCAUGAUGGGCACCUGAACCGGUAUACACUUGUUCAUGAUGGAAAAAAGAUUAAACUCAAACCAUUGAGUCCCAAUGAAGUGAAUGCCGACCAAAAGUACUUGUACCAGCAAUUUGUUGAGGAAGCUAAAGAGAGAAGAGCGCGAGAGAAAAGUGAAGAGAGAGUUGUUAAAAAGAGUGAAGAUACUUUGAAUGCUAAACAUUUGAGUGAGAAAGAAAAACAUAUGAUUCCGAGAGGAAAGAAAAAGAGCGAAAAAGAAAAAGGAGAGCAUCCACCCCCAAAGUUGUUCUUGAGUUUGAGAGAAGUUGAGCAUUUGAGCGAUGGUGAGACUAACUUCUUUCUUCUAAUAUGCAAACCAAAUUGUCUAUCUGUGCAGGACAUGAGCAAGCUUCCCCCAAGCAUUGCUACCCUCCUUGAAGAAUACCAAGAUGUAUUCCCCGAGGAUGUUACCGGUGGUUUGCCUCCAAUUCGAGGCAUUGAGCAUCAAAUUGAAUUCAUUCCCGGAGCAUCGAUUCCUAACCGUCCAGCUUAUCGUGCUAAUCCUGAGGAGGUCAAGGAGAUUAGAAAGCAAGUUGAAGAGUUGUUGAGCAAGGGAUGGGUUCGAGAGAGCCUUAGCCCAUGUGCCGUUCCGGUUUUGCUUGUACCCAAGAAGGAUGCAUCAUGGAGGAUGUGUGUAGACUGCCGAGCUGUCAAUGCCAUUACGGUAAAGUAUCGACACCCUAUACGUCGCUUGGAUGAUAUGUUAGAUGAAUUAAAUGGUUCUACUAUUUUUAGCAAAAUUGAUUUAAAAAGUGGAUACCAUCAAAUUCGCAUGAAAGAAGGAGAUGAAUGGAAAACAGCAUUCAAGACCACUUUUGGUCUCUAUGAAUGGCUUGUUAUGCCAUUUGGUUUAACAAAUGCUCCUAGUACAUUUAUGCGGCUAAUGAACCAUGCGCUUCGAAAUUUCAUUGGCAAGUUUGUGGUAGUUUAUUUUGAUGAUAUUCUAAUUUACAGUAAAUCAUUUGAUGAACAUACAGAACAUGUGCAAGCUGUUUUGAGUAUGCUGCGUGAUGAGAAAUUGUAUGCUAACCUGAAAAAAUGCGACAUUUGUGUCGCCAAGUGCAAUUUUCUUGGUUUCAUUGUAGAAAAAGAAGGAGUGAGUGUGGAUGAAGAAAAGAUCAAAGCCAUCCAAGAAUGGCCAACUCCUACUACCAUUCGAGAUGUACGAAGCUUCCAUGGGCUUGCAAGUUUUUAUAGGCGCUUCGUACGAAACUUUAGCACCAUUGCAGCACCUCUCACAGCAAUCACCAAGAAGAAUGACAAGUUUGAUUGGAGAAUUUUUCUAAGGCUUUUGAGAUUGAUUGUGAUGCGUCUGGUGUAG